AUAGCAUCACAGCACGUGUAUUUGGUACCCCAGAACGAGAGAUCGCCAUGCCAAAGCCUACAUUCACGCUGGCAGAAGGCCAGCCAAUUGCAAACCCAUCUGUAAGCACUACGUUGCCUACUUUAGGCGGCGGAGGCAUCACAACCUUGGGUGAUACGCUCCUUAUUGAGACGCUCUCGCACUUCAACCGUGAGCGUAUUCCUGAAAGAGUUGUUCAUGCCAAAGCUGCUGGUGCGUGGGGAGAGUUCGAAGUCACCAAUGAUAUAUCCUCCAUCACGUCGGCCAAAUUCCUAAAUGGCGUGGGCAAGAAGACGCCGGUGCUUUUUCGUCUAAGCACUACUGGCGGUGAAAAGGGCAGUGCAGACACUGUCCGGGAUGUGCGAGGGUUCUCUGUCAAGUUUUUUACAGAGGACGGCAAUCACGACAUUGUUGGGAACCACGUUCCGGUGUUUUUCGUGCGCGAUCCAAUUCGAUUCCCUUCCCUCAACAGAAGUCACAAAAGGCACCCCGCCACGAACCGACCGGAUUGGACUAUGUUCUGGGACUUCCAUGUCAAUCAGCCAGAGAGUGUCCACGCGUUGAUGCACUUGUUCGGCUCCCGCGGUAUCCCUAAUUCGAUCCGGAGAGUGACCGGUUUUGGGGUGCAUACCUUCAAAUUGGUGGCAGCGGACGGCAGGUCUCGGUACUGCAAAUUCCACUUCCGGCCGACUCAGAGCAUCACCCAUUUAUCUGAACAACAAGCCAUCCGGAUGGCUGGAGUGAAUGCCGACUUCCAUACCCAGGACCUGUGGGAUGCCAUCUCUCGCAAACAGUUUCCAGUCUGGAAGCUUUACAUGCAGGUGAUGGAGCCCGAGCAGGCUGAGACAUAUGGUCGUGCUCUUUUCGACAUCACGAAGGUCUGGCUCCACAAGGAUUUCCCCUUGAUUGAGGUUGGCCAGAUGACCCUGAACAAAAAUCCGGAGAAUUAUUUUGCCGAGAUCGAACAGGCGGCCUUUUCACCUUCCAACAUGGUCCCUGGGAUUGCCAUGACACCUGAUCCUAUGUUGCAGGCGCGCAUGUUUGCCUACCCUGAUGCUCAGCGAUACCGCUUGGGGGUAAACUACACACAGCUCCCUCCAAACCGCGCCAUUUGCCCUGUUUACGCGCCCUUUGAGCGUGAUGGCAUGGGUACUGUAACCCGAAACUAUGGCGGUGACCCAAAUUAUGUGCGUAGUACUCUGAGCCCAGGCAUUCCCAGCCAGGUGGUCUCCGAUGUGCGACACACCGAGCGCAUCGAACAUAAUGCUAUCCUCGCCCAGAAUGAGAUUUUGGUUGAUGACGAGGAUUACGUCCAGCCACGGGAGCUAUGGAACAGAGUCUUUGAUGAGGCCGAGAAGAGACAGUGGGUGGCAAAUGUCUCCGAGGCCUUGGAGGACGUGCCUGCAGAGCUGAAGGAAGCCGUCAUGGGGAUGUUUAGCGAGGUCGACCCCCGUAUUGGGCAAAUGAUAGGUGCUAAGACUAAGAGUAGCCCGCAUCUUUGA